AUGCUGGUUCGAGCUCUGCUCCAGACUUCGCUGGUUCUCUGGUUGGCUCAGCAAACUCUGCAAGGCGGGGUGAAACCUCAGAGUGUAUCCUGGGGGAGAGUGCUGCCAGCUAGAGGCGUCGGCAUUGGAGUGAAACCUGGAGUUGCAGGAGCUCUUGGAGCACUGGGGAGCCGAUAUGGCAGCAAAGCAAUGAAGACUGGAAUUGGACGCUAUCCUGGAGCUCAUCUCGGUGUUGGAGGCUACAGAGCUCUUGGAUUAGGAGGCAGAGGCGGCCUGAAGCAAGGUGGAUAUGGAACCCAGGGAGCUUAUGGUGCCAGUCUGGGACCAGGGAUGGCAAUGGGGGCUGGACUUACUAAUGGACUGGGACUGGGCUUGGGUCAGGCAGGGAAACGUGGUUACGGUGCUGGCCUCGGCGCUGUGCCAGGGUAUGGAGGUUUAACAGGCAUUGGCUAUCCUGGAGCCCGACCAGGUGUGUCUGCAGCAGAUUUGGUUGGACCUGAAGUGGCCAGUCUGGGCCAAGCUGUUCAAGACCCUAAGAGAGAAAAGAGCAGAGCUUUAGGCCACUUGUACGGAAAACAAGACAGAAGGCUUGGACCUGAGUUUCCCGACAUGAGGAGAAGCGGUGUGCUUGGUCCCGCUGUUCCUGAAUUACAUGCAGGAAGGGAGGUCAAAAGCCUCGAUCCAAUAGUUCAGUCACCAAAUCUUGAGACUCCUCUUGAUAAACAGAGUGAGAUUUUUGGUCUGGCUGUUUCACAAGGACAAGGAGAAACUAAUGACCCUUCAAUAUUUAAAAGAAAAGGGGCAACAAGUCAUGAAGCAGCACUGGCAGCUGGAGGUGUGAGAAGACAGCUGAAUCUAGAUAAAGACGGUAUCAAAAGUCUCGGUUUGGCCUCUGAUUUAUCUAUUCAACAAAAUCAGCGAACCCGAAACUGUGGCUCCCGUGUUGAUUUGUCAGGUGUAUUGGGCAAGAAUCGCUUUGAGCCUUUGGGUUCAGAAACUCAAAGGAGACCAAGUUUGCUGCCUCAGACGCAUGUUGGUGAACAGGGUCAACAUCUUGGACACAUAACUCCACAAACACAAGGAGAGAAACCUUAUCAGCUCCCUCUUUCGCAAGCGCCGGAUAGAAGCAAUAUAUACUCUGCAGCAGACAGGCAGGGUGUCAAAGGACUGGUGGCUAAAAAUGGACUCAGAAUCCGUGGCACCGUCACUGUAGAAAACCAUAGACAUGGUUCUCCAAACCUUCAAGUACAAGCAGGGGGGCACUAUGGAGCACUGAUCCCUGGUGCAAGUGGAACCCAAAGUUUAGGCGUCGUCUCAGCUGGAGCAGGGCAGGAAGCUCAAGGCUUUACUGCAGAUGUUCAGGAUGCAAAAAGCCUUUCUCAAGCCGAACAUGAUGUGAAAAAGCCAAAAGCUCUCCAUGUCCCAGGGCAGGCUGGGAGGAAAUACCAGGCAGCAAGUUACAUUGGUGGACCAGGAAACUAUCUGGGGGCAAGCCUGGGUGCUGGAGGCUAUGGACCAGGUUUGGGACAGGGAGCAUACCUGGGUGGUGCAGCAGGCAAACUUGGAGCUGCUGCUGUAUUUGGACAGAGUAGAUAUCCCGGAGGUUUUGCAGGGAUGUCAGAUAGCUAUGGUGAGGGAGCAACAGGAUACCUUGGUGCUAUGGCAGGCAACGGCUUUGGUUAUGGGAACGGUUACUCUGACGGUUAUGGAGCUGGGCUUGGUUACCCUGCAGACUUAGCUGAUGGUGCUGAGAACAAAGCAGGGAAGAGUGAAGCCCUCAGUACAGGAGGCUACGCUGGACAGGGCCAGGGGGCAUAUGGAGCACUCGGUGCAGGCCUGGAUGCAACUGGUGGCAAAUAUGGAGGAGGAGCUGCUCAGGUUCCUUAUGGUAAUGCUCCAGUGAUUCCUGCCGGACUGGAAGGUGAUGGUGGCUACCCGUACGGCGCUCAGCAGAUCAGCCUUGGUGCUGAAGGCGCCAAAACCGCCAACAAAUAUGGUGCUGGUGCAGGAUAUGGAGCUCAGCAAACAGGUUAUGGUGCCCAGCUAGGAGCUACUCAGGAUGCUUUGGGAGAACAAACCGGCAAAUAUGGCGGCGUGAACGGUGCCCUUGGUAACGGAUACAAAGGCUAAUUCAAAUGACCUGGACCUCUGCAAGUGGAUCAUUUUCAUAAUGUGUUCAGUGUAAUGAGCUUCUAAAGCUUUUAUUUUAUGUGUUUUACUCGACUUUGUUCUGUUGCGUUGUCCAUUUGUCCUCUGUUUUUCUUCACCCCCCUUGUCUUUCUCUGUAAGUGGACAUCUGUUACUCUUGUCUGUUUGUCUUGUUUGUCCAAAAACCUGCUGUACCCCACCAGUUCAAUUCUGUCAGUGCUGAAAAUAUUGGUGGUGAUUGAUGAACAUAAAUAGAUGGAAAGUGCACGAAAUGUGUCUCUGUUUUAAAAUAAAGAUUAAAAUCGUGAUGUUACUGUUGUAAUCCAACAUAUUAUUUAAUCAAAUGAUGUUAAAUGGAAACUUGUGAGACAAAAGAUUCAACUUUACUUGCACACAUUGUUGUCUUUAAUAGACUCAGUGAAACCUCAUCCGUGCACAGGAAGCUUUUUACCACUUCCCUUCUCAUGUCAGGCAACAUUACCUAAGACAAGCAGAGCACAAACACUUGAAUCAAAACGAAAAGUAAUACAGUGAAGCAACAAAUACAAGAACAGUUCAUAUAUUUUGCAUUUAUUUGGGGUAAAAUAUACAAUAUUAUGAUGAUUAAAAUGCAUAAAACACACUAAGACAUGUUAUAAAUGUAAAUGCUUGUAUACAUAUAAUAAAAUGCUAUGAAUUAAAUGCAAUAUAUAU